ACUGUAGAAAACGGCAUCCUCUCAUUAUUGAAAAAAAUCCACUCUCGCUCGCUCACUCACAAGUGAAUCAACCACUCAUGGCUUCGUCAGCUCUGUGUCUCAAAUUUUUCUCCUCUUACACUCCUAUAACAUCUGCCUUAAACCCAACAACAAAAAAGCAUGGUAAUACUACCUUAAACAAUGCCCAGAUAACAACCCCUUUAUUUAUGUUUGCAAACAACAACAACAAAGAACUUGCGGUGUUAACAAACCCCAUUUCGCAAUCCAAUGCCACCACCACUGUUACAGUGCCAACACCUCCAUGGAUAAAGGGUCCUCUCAUUCUCCAACCCCACGAACUCCUUAACCUCACCAACCCCAAAAACAAGAAGCCAAUAAAGAAUGACAAGAUUGAAAAAGAUGACAAGGCUUUGACUGCUAAAGAAAGUGGGGUUAGAGGCAAUAAAGCAAUGAUACAGAUUGUUAAAAGUGUUGAAAGACUGCAAAGAGAUGAAAACUUGAAGGACACCCAAGAGAUUUCUGAGAGUGGAGAGAGUUUAAAGCAGCUCGGAAAAGAAAGGAUUUUAAGUGUUUUCGGUGAUAAAAGGAUUGUAAGAAGUAUUGAAAAACUCCAAAAAGAUCAAAACUUGAAGGAAACCCCAGUGAAUUCUGGGGGUUUUGACAUUGGAGAGGGUUUAAAACAGCUUAACGGAGAUGGGGUUUUAGGGUUUAGGGAAAAAAAGCUGCCAUGGGUGAGAGAAGAGAGAGUUGGGAAUUGGAGAAUGAAAAAAGAGAAGGUGGUUAGCAAGGCCGAGUUGAGUCUUGAUAAGGAGUUACUUGAGAGAUUGAGAGGAGAGGCUGCAAAGAUGAGGACUUGGGUAAAGGUGAAGAAAGCUGGGGUGACACAGAGUGUAGUUGAUGAGAUAAGAUUGACUUGGAGAACGAGUGAGCUGGCCAUGAUUAAAUUCUAUAUGCCUUUGUGUAGAAAUAUGAAUAGAGCAAGAGAUAUUGUUGAGAUGAAGACAGGAGGCUUGGUUGUUUGGACCAGAAAAGAUAUUCAUGUUGUUUAUAGAGGAUGCAAUUAUCAGUGGAAGAAAAACUUUAAUACAGCUACAAUCGAGGAAAGUUUUCCCAGAAAUGGUGGAGAAGAAGAGUCUAUAUCAGCUGGCAUCUUAAUGGAAGCAGAUUUGAAUACACAACCAAUUAAUGGAUCACUGUUUGAGAGAGAAACUGAUAGAUUAUUAGAUGGCUUAGGACCUCGUUUUGUUGAUUGGUGGAUGCGAAAGCCAUUGCCAGUAGAUGCAGAUUUGCUUCCAGAAGUAGUUAAAGGAUUCAGGUCUCCAUCAAGGCUUUGUCCUCCACGAAUGAGAUCAAAGUUGAAAGAUGAUGAACUGACAUACUUGAGAAAGCUUGCUCAAUCUCUACCCACACAUUUUGUCCUUGGGAGGAACAGAAGACUUCAAGGCCUAGCUGCUGCUAUCUUAAAGUUGUGGGAAAAGACUAUUAUAGCUAAAAUUGCUGUGAAGUGGGGAGUUCCAAAUACCAAUAAUGAGCAAAUGGCAGAUGAGCUUAAGAGUCUCACUGGAGGAGUUCUGCUGCUUCGGAAUAAGUUCUUUAUAAUACUUUAUAGAGGCAAAGACUUUCUUCCUGGCCAAGUUGCAAAUGUAAUAGUGGACAGAGAAAUUGCCCUUAGAAAAUGCCAAACCAACGAAGAAGGUGCAAGAAUGAAAGCAAUUGAAACUUCUUAUAUGCCUGGCGGACCAACCAACACAAGCAGAUGUGGAACUUUAUAUGAAUUUCAGGAAUUCCAAAUCAAAUUUCAGAAGACGGCGAAAGGGGACUCUGAAAUUCAAUUAGAAGCUUAUAAGGAAAAACUAGAGAGGGAAUUGCGGAAUCAAGAAUACAGGCUUCGCAUUCUUAAAAGUAAGAUAGAGAAGCCAGCGAAGGACUUGUCAAAGUUGAAUUCUGCAUGGGUACCUAGUCCACGGGAUGCAGACCAAGGAAUAAUGACAGAAGAGGAAAGAGAAUGCUUCCGGAAGAUAGGACUGAAGCUACGUGGUAGCUUAGUGCUUGGGAGGCGUGGGGUCUUUGAGGGUGUUAUGGAAGGUCUGCAUCAGCACUGGAAGCACAGAGAAGUGGUGAAGGUGAUUACAAUGCAGAGAGUGUUUUCCCAGGUCAUUCACACUGCAACAUUGCUUGAAGCAGAAAGUGACGGGAUCCUAGUUUCAGUGGACAAGCUAAAAGAAGGUCAUGCCAUAAUUAUUUACCGUGGAAAAAAUUACAAACGCCCUCUAAGGCUUCUAAAGAAGAAUCUUUUAACUAAAAGAGAAGCAUUAAAGAGAUCUCUUCUAAUUCAGAGAGUUGGGUCGUUGAAGUAUUUUGCAAAUCAGAGAGAGCGUGUGAUCUCAGAUUUGAAACUCAAACUGGUAGAGCUUCAUGGAUCCAAGGAAAAACAUCUUAAAAGUGAUACACUCUAAGCUGAUAGUGGAUUGCAUAGUGAUUCCUCAUGAUAUAAGGGAGUGCAGUGAAGAUUUUCGAUAGGGAGGACUUCUCCACUUCUUCAAUACCAUACUAGAAAAUUCCUGGUAAACUUUCUUGGCUUCUUGGAGGUAUGUUAAUGAAGUUGACAAACUUAAAUUUUCUGCUCAAUUGUGAUGGUCAAUACCCCAAUAUUUACACGUAUGCAUCACCAUUUGACUUGUAGCUUAGUUAGAUCUUACAGACAAGUUAGGCUGAUUUGCUUGUUAACUCAUGUAAUGCUUUACCAUCCUCUUGUUUAAGAGAUCUGGGUACAAUCUCCUGAACUGAUGGCAUGUUUCAUUAACAAUUUGAUAUGGAACAAUGAAAGGGUAAGCUAGAUUGUUUGAAGUUGAGGCCAAAACAUGUGAUGUGCUUUCAUUGAUGGCAUCAUCUGUUAGCAAACUUGCCUUUUAUUGAAGCCUAUGCCGAAUCCUCAGUAAAUGCGAAGAGUCAAUUUAGACAACUCUGAAGGAAGGGUGCCAGAGAGGUUAAUUGAGGAGUCUUUGAUGGCAUCAUCUGUUAGCAAACUUGCUUUUCGUUGAAGCCUAUGCUGAAUCCCCAGUAAAUGCAAAGAGUCAAUUUAGACAACUCUGAAGGAAGGGUGCCAGAGAGGUUAAUUGAGGAGUCUUUACCAGAGGUUUCACAUUGCACACCAAUCCAGUUGGUGCAGAAGCCUUUGGAGGACACAUUGGACCAGCCUGAUGGCUAUGGGUUCAGGGAAUUAGCUAGUUUCAGCAUGACAGCAACAUCGUCAGCCGUGACAGAUGAGAGAAUGAGGAAAAGGAGACAAUGAAUCAUCUAGGGAAUUGGAUAGAUAAAGCGAUAGAAAUGAACAAUCUAGAGACUCUAAGGUUUCUUGGGUUUUGAAGAGGAUGAGAUUUUCAUUUCAUCUUUCUUGUCAGCUAAGAGGUUAAAGCCAAUGCAAGGAUUUCAAGAAGAUAAAUCAGUCCCUUGACUAUUUUUGGAUGCUGUUAACACAUAUUAAUUGGUUUAAAAAAUUAAAUUACACUUUAUGUACUAAAAGGAACGCAGGCUAAGAAGAUUUGAAGAACAUGGCUAGAAAACUAUUCUUAGCAUAUGCAGCUUUCAGGUUUGACUCUACUAGUUGCUUCUGGAGCAAAAAUUUCAUUUUUGAGUAUAUUUGCUUAUUGUUGAUGGAGGCAGGUUUAAAGGAUCUGAUGGUAAUGAACAGUCAGUUGCAACAGUCAAGCUGCCAAUCUGCCACAACUGAAUCACGUAGGAAGCUCAAUAGACUUGUUUAUGGGCUAAUAAGAAAAAACUAAAAUUAGAGGAGGCCAGAUCUUGUGAAAUCACUAGUCUGACAAAAAAAAAAAAACUCAUUACUUUCACUUUAACCAUUGGAUUGCUCUCAAAUUUCAUCUAGAGGUUCUACAAACUUAGUUCUACAAGGGGUUGGCUUGUUGUUACCAUUUGGAUUUGAAAAGCCUUCAAAUUAGGUUGUUUGAUCUAAUUUUGUUAUUUUUCUUUUUGUUUUCAGAUAUCUUGUUUAAUUUUGGAUUU